AUGAGUCCCGACCUCAACCCUAUCGAGCGUGCAACCUCCACGUGGUACGCUUUGGUGUAUUUUGCAACGGCCCAUGGAAAGGGAUGUGUAGAUGAAACAGCCAAAACUAUUGUUCGAACACACAUUAAAGCGCGUGAUGUAAUCGUCAAUAGUGCAUCUAAUUUUGUAAGAGCCAUUAAAAUGGGACCAUCAGAAAUUAAAGUUGAGGAGAAUUUUCAAAAAACAAAUUUUUUACUAAACACAAUUGAACUGUUUUCAAAUGCCAAAACCAUUCGCGAUAUUUCCAAUGCUCACCAAAUCCAAAGGACCGCCGACGACAAAAUCUAUUCCUGGCCUUUCUCCAAGUGUUUGGUACACCGUAGAGGACCGCCUUCAAUAGACCAGGCCUUUCUCAAAGACAUUGAGGACCGCCGAAAACCAUUUGUGCAGACCCAAAGACAGGAUCACCGAAGGAGUUUCUACUCUAUGACAGACAACGAAUUAGACGAUUUAAGUAAUUUAAUUUUAAAUUCAUUAAGAGUAAACGAUACAAACGAAACAAUGACUACUCGAACAGUAGAUUCAGUUAGCUUAAAUAUGCUCAAAAUGUUUGUCGACACUAUCCCUCGUUUUGAUGGUGAUGUCAACAAUUUAAAUAAUUUUAUUUCUGCUGGACAAUUUUUGUUCGACACAUACGGCGAUACCGAAGACGCCAAUUUGAAAAAAUAUUUAAUUCGCGCAAUCCAAACUAAAUUAAUUGAUAGAGCACAAAUUUUAGUUGGCUCUCGUUCCGAACUUAAUACUUGGAAAGACAUUAAAAACGCUUUCCAAACUUGUUUUGAUGACAAUCGUAAUAUAGAAUGCUUAGAACAGGACUUGUUUAUGGCAAGACCUUUUAAAAAUGAAUCCCUCCUUGACUUUGGUAAAAGAUUACAAGUUUUACGAAGUAAUCUCGCUCAAAAAAUUAGUUUACAAAAUAUUGACGCAGCUUCAAAGAAAAUUUACAUAGAAAACUAUGACAAACUCACUUUAAGAACAUAUAUUCGUGGGCUAUCACCCCAAAUUCAAUGUAUUAUUAGACUUAAAAACCCCACUUCUCUAGAAGAAGCAUUAACAUACAUAACUGAGGAAGAAAACUUCCAAUAUACUCAAAAUCUAUUUAAAGCCCCUCCGACACAUAACGUAAGACCGAUAUUUUCUCAAAACCCACAACAUAAACAAAAUAAUUAUGCCCAAAAUAAUCAUGCCCAAAAUAAUCAUGCCCAAAAUAAUCAAUUGUAUUCGCAACCCAAGUAUCAUUAUAAUAAUCCUAAUAAUUACAAAUUCAAUCUAAAUUAUCAUCAAGCUAACCAUUUCCCAAGAAACUUUCCAGCAUUACAAGCCCCAAAUUGUUCAAGAUUCCCCAGCCAACCAAUUUCCAUUCAACCACGUCAAAAUAAUUUUAAACCAUCCGGACCCCGAAACUUUAGGGCAGAAGAACUUUUUAAUAUAGAAGAAAAUUCUCCCCAAAUAACUGAAAUCCCUGACGAUACAUUUGACUUUUACUCACAAGAUAACACAAACGAAAUUUAUACAGAACAAGAAUCUUACUAUCAAAAUAAUUACGACAUAUCAGAAAAUUACGAAUGUGAAAAAGAAGUUAGAUUUAAAGCUGACAUUCCCGCUAUGCCAGAACUUUGCAGUAACAAUAACAUAACAUUUAUUCUUUUCGACUUUCACAAUUUCUUCGACGGUAUUAUCGGACUUAAAGAAUUAAUAAAUCUAAAAUUUACAAUUGACUUAAUUAACAAACAACUAAUAAAUCACCGAACACGAAUCCCAAUAUUUUAUAGAAACCCAAAAUUAGAAAGAUAUAAAAUAAGUCUUAACGCCUUAGAAGUAGCCUCGGUAAAAAUUCCAGUUUCCACCCCUAAUGACGACAUAAUUAUUCCAGAACAAAAUAUUAACGAUUUUCUUUUACCGAUAAAUGACGAAAUUGUAACACUUAAAGAUCUUGACGACUUAAACGAAAUUUUUAACCCUAAUGACGAAAAAUCAAAAAUUAUUAUUCAUUCCAAUAUACAAGUUAAACCCCCUGACAGUGAAACUGUACAUUCAGCAGUUGAAGACCCCAUAUUAAAUAUACCAAUUACCGAAAAUUGCCUUAAUCAUUAUUCUAAUCAAAUUGUUAUUAAUCAAAAUAUAUUUAAUAAAUAUCAUGUUAUUAAAAACAACAUUUUUGAGACAAAAUCUAGAAUUACUGUUAAACUUUCACAAAACUAUGAAUCAGAAAUUAUACAACUUUUUAAGGACUAUAUUGACCCCAAAGAAAAUUCUCCCCAAAUAACUGAAAUCCCUGACGAUACAUUUGACUUUUACUCACAAGAUAACACAAACGAAAUUUAUACAGAACAAGAAUCUUACUAUCAAAAUAAUUACGACAUAUCAGAAAAUUACGAAUGUGAAAAAGAAGUUAGAUUUAAAGCGGACAUUCCCGCUAUGCCAGAACUUUGCAGUAACAAUAACAUAACAUUUAUUCUUUUCGACUUUCACAAUUUCUUCGACGGUAUUAUCGGACUUAAAGAAUUAAUAAAUCUAAAAUUUACAAUUGACUUAAUUAACAAACAACUAAUAAAUCACCGAACACGAAUCCCAAUAUUUUAUAGAAACCCAAAAUUAGAAAGAUAUAAAAUAAGUCUUAACGCCUUAGAAGUAGCCUCGGUAAAAAUUCCAGUUUCCACCCCUAAUGACGACAUAAUUAUUCCAGAACAAAAUAUUAACGAUUUUCUUUUACCGAUAAAUGACGAAAUUGUAACACUUGAAGAUCUUGACGACUUAAACGAAAUUUUUAACCCUAAUGACGAAAAAUCAAAAAUUAUUAUUCAUUCCAAUAUACAAGUUAAACCCCCUGACAGUGAAACUGUACAUUCAGCAGUUGAAGACCCCAUAUUAAAUAUACCAAUUACCGAAAAUUGCCUUAAUCAUUAUUCUAAUCAAAUUGUUAUUAAUCAAAAUAUAUUUAAUAAAUAUCAUGUUAUUAAAAACAACAUUUUUGAGACAAAAUCUAGAAUUACUGUUAAACUUUCACAAAACUAUGAAUCAGAAAUUAUACAACUUUUUAAGGACUAUAUUGACCCCAACAUUUUGGACAAAAAUCAACAAAAAGAAAUAAUAUCUCACCAUCACGAAAUUACAUGUCAUAGAGGCAUUAAUGAAGCAGUUUUAUCUUUAAAAAAGAUUUAUUAUUGGCCCAAUUUAAAAAAAGAUGUCACAGAAUUUAUUAACAAUUGCGACAUUUGUUCACAAGCGAAAUAUGAUAGACACCCACCUAAAUUAAAAUUCUCCUUAACUGCAACACCGAGUCAACCGUUGGAAUCCAUACACAUGGAUACAUUUCAAAUAGCGAGCGUUAAAUUUUUAACAAUCAUAGAUGUAUUUUCAAGAUAUGCACAAGCGUACCCCUUAGAACCAAUUUGUAAUUCCCAAACAGUUUAUGAAAAAUUUCUAACGUUUAUUUCCCAUUUUGGUAUACCCCAAUGUAUAACUUGCGAUAAUGGCACGGAAUUAAAAAAUUCUCUUUUAACAGAUUUCUGUAAAUUACAUAAAAUUCAAAUUCAUUUUACAACCACUGGUAAUUCAAAUAGUAAUAGCCCUGUUGAACGCGUACACUCGACAUUUAUCGAAAUUUUUAGAACUCUUAGAAUUAAAGACACAAAAGCAUCUACUAAGCAACUUAUGCAAUAUGCCGUUUUAGGUUACAACACAUCUGUUCACAGUGUAAUAAAACAAAAACCCGUGGAUGUUAUCAACGGUAGAUUAAAUUCCCUUGAUCCUUUCGACAUUACCGACGAAAUUAUUUUAAAUCAAUUCAUGAUCGAUCGACGCGAACGACUAAAAGCCAUCCUUGAACAAAUUCACAAUUUAUCUUUAGAAACUAAGACCAAAAAUAUUGAAAAAAUAAAUAAAAAACGUAACGAUUUUAAUACUGGUGAUAAAGUUUUCAUUACAGACAAAUCAGCCCUUAGAAGUAAAACAAAACCGCGUAACAUAAAGGCAAUAGUUUCCCAAGACAUCGGUAACAAAAUAAUUACAAAUAAAGACAAAGUAUUUCAUAAAUCAAUGGUUAAAAACCCUAAAGCUUUCUGUUCUCCUUCACAGGAACAUGAAAUUUUGGAUCCAGCUACUCCUUCUUCGACAAAGAACAAUGACAAUGACGUGACAAUUACACUCAUUAAAAACCCUUUACUUCCCUUUCAAUUAGAAAAAGCUAAGGUAAUUAGCUCUAGACAUACUUUUAUACAUUAUCUAGAAUUUAAGCCAAUUAACGAUCAAUUAAAUAAUCUUAAGUCAUUCUUUAGAGAUGUAGAAUAUUCAUUAAGUUUAGAUCAUAAGUUCCCAAAAUCAUAUUUUGGUAUUUACUCUAGUUUAGUAAAUCAUGCUAAGUAUCUUUUAUUAGAAGCAAGUAAUAAGUUAAACAAUAUUUCACCGCAUAAAAUUAGUAAACGUGGAUUAGCAAAUAUUAUAGGUAAAUCAUCAAAAUGGCUUUUUGGUACCCUCGAUUCCGAUGACGGACAAAAAUAUGACCGAGCAAUUUCAGAGUUACAAAAUAAUCAAAAUUCAAUGUCAAAGGAAAUCUCUUUGCAAAUGUCACUAUCAACAAAAUUAAUUCAAAAUUACAAUAACACUAUAACACUUCUUAAUGAAAAUCAAAUUUUAAUUAAAAAACGUUUGGAAUAUUUCCAAAUGCACGUUAAUAAAACAAUCGACGACAUUGUAGCAUAUUUAAGAGCACAAAACACUUUGGAUCAAAUAAUUUUAAACUGUCAAAACCUUAUUACUUUUCUUGACAACCUUGAUAACGCACUUUCUUUUGCAAAAUUUAAUACCUUACAUAGUUCAGUUAUACCUAUCAAUGAUAUGAAUAUUUUAAUAAAUAAUUUAAUAAAAAUAUAUGGCUACCGCCUUUUCCCAGUUCCAAUCCAAAACAAUGUAAUUUUACCCAAACUUCCAUACCUUAUACUUGGCACCAACGAACAACAAUACAUCGAAGAACCCUGUCCCGAAAUUGAAAACGUACAAAUAUGUCAAAAUCACUUAGAACCAAUAGUUGGAGAUUGUAUCGCUACCCUCAUCAAUGAAGCUGAAGCUAUUAACUGCCAGAAACUUCCAGUUAAAGUCAUCAACCCAAUAUUAGAAGAAAUUACAAAAGAAUACGUCAUUAUGAUUCCUGGUACAAAAUCAAUUAAAAUUCAACGACAGUGCGUAAACCAUGAACACGCACUUAUAGAAGAACCCAGUUUAGUAAAAAUUCCUUACAACUGUAGUAUACAAGUCAACAAAUCAAUUUAUUGGAACAAAGAAGAAAUAAUUGCAGUAAAACCACUAAAACUUCCAGAAAUUCGAAUAAACAACCAAUCAUCAAUAGAAAUACCCGAAAAUUCAAUGGUACUACAUUCAAUCAAUAUGGACAAAAUCAGAAAUCUACAACAAGAACUUCAAUGGUCAAAAUCAACUUUAAAAUACGAAAUUCACCCCGCAACUUGGAGCAUCUCAACUACCCUUGCACUACUCAUCACUACAGCAAUCAUUAUAUUUCUUUAUAUAAAAUGGUACGUCAAGAAAACAACCCCUGAAGUUUCAGAAAGUAACCACGAAAACAUGAAGCUCCCCUUUAUGUUUCCUCUUAAGGUGGGAGGAGUUAUGAACGCAUCCUAA